AGAAGGUCGGCGCGGCGUGUCGUCAUCUCACUGAGGCGCUCCCGGGAGGGAUGCUGCGGUCCCUCUCGCGGCGUCUCCCUCGUACCGGGGUCCCAGCGCUGGGACCCGUCGACACCCCCCGGCUCUGCUCUGCCCUGCCCCCAUGGGCUCCCCCUCAGCCCCGUGUCCGCCAGCGCCUUUCCAGGGGCGCUCCUGCGGGCGGCCUCGCCGAGGGGCGCCGCGGGCCGGUGUCUGCCCGGCCCAGAGCAGCCCCUCUGCGGCCGCCGUGCUCCAUCGAGCUCAUCGGUGCUGGUCGAUAUCUAAAGGGCGGCUGUCAGGGGGAUGGAGCCAGACUCUUUUCACCUGUGCCCGGCGACAGGACGAGGGGCGACGGACACAAGCUGGAAAAACGGGAAAUUCCGUCUCAAUGGGAGGAGGAGCUUCUCGACUGUCAUGGUGCCAGCGCCCGGGAAGAGGCUGCCCGGGAAGGUGAUGGAGUCUCCUUCUCUGGAGACAUCCAAAGCCCGCUGGGAUGCGAUCCUGUCCAGCCUGCUCUGGGUAACCCUGCUCUGGCAGGGGGUUGGACUAGAUGAUCUCCGAAGGACCCUUCCAACCCUGACCUCCUCACGCUGCUCCUCAUCCUUUCCCAGUGUUGCCCCAGAGGCUCCUUUCCAGCUCCCAACAGGCUGCACGGUGCUGCAGAAGUGGGGAGAGGAAGACCUCAGUGGCAGGACAUCAGGCAGGAGCUCCUGAGCACCUUUUGUUUUUCACUGGUUCCUGGCAAGGGAGCAGGGAGCUGCUGAGAAACUCUGCAGCCUCCGUCUUGCUUUAUGUAUUGUAUAGAGCGUGGUGUAGCUGCUUGACAAUAACCCCCUGUGUUAUUAGCAGUGUUGUAAUUUCCUGCUCUCCUUUCCCCUUUGCAGAGACUCGUGAAAUGUUGCCGUGGAGCUGGAAGGGGCUCUGGAAGGAGAGGAGCUCUGUGCAGUCAGUAGUAGGCAAGACAUGAACCUUCAGUCCCAUUGGCACCGCAGCUGGGAAGACUGGGAAGGCACUGCCCAUUGGAGAGGGUCUUGCUGAGCCCCGGUCGCUGGCGAGAUGCCUGCAGGUCCAUGAAGGAGGAGGAGUCAGAAUGUAGAAAAUUAUCCUAAUGGAGUGGAGGAUCCAACUUGCUAUGGGCAGUCUCAGAUCCUUGGUGCCAGCAUUUCCGAGAUGGGAGGAGAGUAUGAAGGAAUUCACUUUGUGUCCGAUGAACUUCAUCGGUGCAGGCAAACGUGAGAACUAGAAUAGAAGUGAAAGGGAAGGAAGCAACAAGUAUGUGUCAAAUGAUGAGGCAAGAGGAGAGGAAGACUUGAGUGCAGAGAGGAACUGGGCAUCAGAAAGAGCGUGGGAAGAGGGCCAAGGGCAUGUGGCCAGGAAGAAAUCGCAGGAGGAAUCAAGCAGCGAAGAGCGAAAAUAAAAAUCAGGUUGAAGCAAGAGAAGGGGAAGGAAGAGAGACCAAGCCCACGAGCGCAGAGGGAACUGCCUGGCACAGCAGUGAGGAGGUGAGCUCCCGGCAGGGCUGCAGCUGGCCCCAGCUGGGCAGCGACCCUCACCCUGCAGGGAGAUUCGGGGACGUGCCAGCCGAUCCCACCAGAGACCCAGCAUCAUCGCUGCGUGGCCGUUGGGCAGACAGCAUGGAGCUCUGGCUGGCUGGUGGCCUUCUGCCCCUGCUGCUCCUCGCCUGGCUGCCCGCUGGACUCACUUACCAGGUUUCAGCCAUGAUCAAUGUGUCCGUAGGGUUAGAUUUUGCCUUGCAGUGCCUGCUCCAAACAAACUCAACCACCACCACCACUGGGGAGGUGAAGUGUUUUAAUUCCACCCCAAACAAUGGAGAAAAGCAGAGCAAAGGUGCUGUGGCAAUGAAAAGUAGUUCCUUCCAGCUUGUCUUCACCAGUGUGAACAAAGCACAUACAGGAACGUACACAUGCAGGAUUGAGAACACAAGGAACGUGUCUGUGAAUGGAGAUUCCAAAGAGAACAAGGAUGCCAGGCAGGCAGAAGAGUCAGACACCACCAUGGAGUGCACGUUCAAGAUUUGGUUGGAGAAUCUCACAGUGAAGUGGUACAAACCUGCAGAUCUAGAGGUGGGGAACCGAACCCACACCACGGCUCUAGGAAAAAACUGUACCAGUCCCAGCGUGUGUGCAGUCAACAUGAGAAUCUGCGAGUGUAGAGUGUCCAUCACAAGAUUAAACUUGACAGACACUGGAAACGGCAUGCAAGGGACACUUUCCAGCUGUGGCACUGAGGCACCUCAGAACAGUGUCACCGAGAAGGGCACCUCUCUGAAAGGAGAGAAAGAUGAGCAGCAAGGGGGAAAACAGAUCCUGAUGUUUUCUGGACUCAACUUUCUGCUGUGUGUCCUCUUCGGUUUAGCAGUUGGGACGCUUCUUUACAUGCCGAUAAUUGGCAUUCUGCUGUGGCAGUGCCAAAAGAACAGAAAAGAAAAGCUUGUAGCCAUGCAAGUGGUGGAGGAGGAUCAGCUCAGCACGGCAGCCCCAGUGACGGGGACUGAAGAGCUGACCUACGCUAACCUGAAGUUUGAGAAGGAGAGAAAACCCACCUCCUCCGACGUCAUUUACACCAAGAUCAAACCACUGCAACAAAAGCAGGGUGGUGGGGAUGGUGGGGAUGCUGGUGCUGCCAACACAGAAGUGGAUGUGUUCCCCGAGGGAGAGGGCAAAUGAAGGAGAAAAGAGGGAUGAGCAGCUUGGUGUGCCCUUGUCAGGGUCAUCAUCCCCAAAAAAUAGGUGUUAGUUUGUAUGUAAGUGCAAUCUUGGCAACUGAAGCCACCUAUUUAUCCCCAAAUGGCUGCACCACUGUGCUUUACAGUCCCUUGGAAGAAGCCAUCUCCUGUGGUAAGGACAGUGCUCUUCCAACCAUUCUUGCCCUUGCCUUCCCGCAGCCCCAGGCACCACCAAGCUUCAGCAACUCCUUUUGUGGUCUCUGCUCAUAAACAGGCUCUUCUAGCAA